ACCAUGAGUAAUGAUACUAAUGAAACUGCCUUCUGGUUAUUUCUUCUAAGGUCCCAUGGAACAGAAUCGCUCUAGAGGCAGUCCAAGGGAAGAAUUACUGGACAUAAUAUCCUCUUGGGAAGAAGCUGGGAACUGGUGGAUUUCGGCAGGUCUUUGAAGGCAAUUUAGAUGGCAAGGUAGUUGCAAUUAACAAAGACAAGUAUUCACAGAAAAAUAUCAAAGUGUAAAGUGUUAACAUCUAUUAAAUGCAAUUUAAACAAUGAUUAACUUAUUUAUUUAAUCUUUGCAGAGAGAUAAGCGGUCCUGAAUCCCAAUGUCAGC